UUUCGUUUCUCCGCCUCGCCGCUGCUUCGCUCGCCGGCCGUCCGCGCUGGGAGCCCGAGGGCGGCUCCGCCGGGGCCGGGCCGGGCGGCGUCGUCUGGCGGGCCGGGCCGGCGUUUGAUGGAUCCCCGGAUCGCCUGGUUCCAGCCAGAGCAGCUCGGGCCCUCCAACCGCCUGUGGAUGCAGAUCUGGGAGACCACCCAAGGGGUCCGCAACCUCUACUUCCAGCAGCAGCAGCAGCAGCAGCAGCAGCAGCGCGCCUCCGUCUCCGCCGCCCCGGCCCCCGCGGCCCCGGCCUCCCCGCCCGGCAUGUCCCGCGGCGGCGACCCGCAGCCCGACUUCUUGCCGCUGGAGAGCGCCAGCCACCACCACCCGCACCGCCACCCCGCCGCGCCCUCGGCCGCCCCGCCGGCCCCGGCCCCUGCGGCCCCCUCGCCGUCGCCGUCUUCUUCCCCGGCCCCGUCGGCCGCCAGCAACAAGAGGAAGCGCGACAACAAGGCCAGCACCUUCGGCCUCAAUUACAGCCUCUUCUCCGGGCCCGGCGGGGAGAGCCGCGGGCCGGCGCCGGCAGACGGGCCCCUGGGGAGGCCGCAAGCCGGGCUGGGGGAGCCCGCCUACACCGGUACGCCGUGGAAGAAGAGAAAUUACAGCCAAGGAGUGGUGGGUCUUCAUGAAGAGAUUAUUGACUUCUUCAAGUACAUGUCUCCCAGAUCCGAAGAAGGAAGAAUGCGGAUGGAGGUGGUUAAUAGGAUAGAAAACGUUAUAAAGGAACUCUGGCCUAAUGCAGAGGUGCAGAUAUUUGGAAGUUUUAAGACUGGUUUAUAUUUACCUACAAGCGAUAUUGACUUAGUUGUAUUUGGAAAAUGGGAAAAUUUGCCCCUCUGGACCCUGGAAGAGGCUCUCAGAAAGCACAACGUAGCGGAUGAAAACUCAGUAAAGGUUUUAGACAAAGCAACUGUACCUAUUAUUAAACUGACUGAUUCCUUCACCGAAGUAAAAGUCGAUAUCAGCUUUAAUGUACGGAAUGGGGUAAAAGCUGCUCACCUCAUCGGAGAUUUUAUCAAGAAAUAUCCUGUAUUGCCAUAUCUAGUUUUAGUAUUGAAACAGUUCCUACUGCAGAGGGAUCUCAAUGAAGUAUUCACAGGCGGAAUUGGUUCUUAUAGUCUUUUUUUAAUGGCUGUCAGCUUCCUCCAGCUGCAUCCCAGGGAAGAUGCCUGCACGCCCAAUGCCAACUAUGGUGUCCUUUUAAUAGAGUUUUUUGAAUUAUAUGGACGUCAUUUCAACUACCUGAAAACAGGCAUCCGAAUAAAGGAUGGCGGUUCAUACGUGGCCAAGGAUGAAGUGCAGAAGAAUAUGUUGGAUGGCUACAGACCAUCAAUGCUCUACAUUGAAGACCCACUUCAGCCAGGCAACGAUGUCGGGAGGAGCUCCUACGGUGCCAUGCAAGUGAAACAGGCCUUCGAUUACGCAUAUGUCGUUCUGAGCCACGCAGUAUCGCCAAUAGCUAAAUAUUACCCCAACAAUGAAAGUGAAAGUAUAUUAGGAAGAAUAAUCAGAGUAACGCAAGAAGUGGCAACAUACCGAGACUGGAUAUCAAAGCAAUGGGGGAUGGAGAACAGCACAGAGACUUCAUGCAAUGGGAAUGGGGUGACUUUAAUAGUCGAUAACCAGCAGCUAGACGAAUGCAACAAUAAUCUUUCCGAGGAGUGCGAAUCGUUAGGAAAACCCAGAAGUAAAAGCUCCGAGACACCAAGCAAGCAUUCAUCAAACUCUUCCUCGGGACCUUUGUCGUCGUCAUCUUCUACGCUUUCCAGCUCCAGCGAUGUAGAGUCUGACGGAACACCAUGCAAAUCCUCCAAACAGCUGGGCUGCCGCCAAACAACAGCCAACAGAACGGCGGCUCAGGAUGCAUCGCUGGGGCCCACACAGUCGAGUGGGAAAAUGCCAAGCGGCCAAACAGCAAGCGCACCCAGUGUUGCAAACAAGUUGCAGCAUGGAUCCACGCGGUUGUUCCGCGCUUCUUCCAACAAAGGCUUCCAAGGUCCAGCCAAUUCAAGCCAUGGUACCUCAGUCAUGAACAAGCAGCACCCCGGCAGCAAAUCACACCAGUAUUAUGGAAAGAAAAGGAAACACAAGAGGGACCUGGUUCUUUCAGACCUUUGUAGAUAGUUUUCCUAUUUUGACGGUUGACUGUUCUUCUGUGUGCAAUGGCCUCGUGCUAUAAGGAUAAGUUGGACAGCGACUCCCCGGGGUCUCCUCUGGAGUCUCCCAAGACUGUUGGGGGGGGGGGGAACCCCAGUGGUUGAUCAGCAGCGUGUUCUAAGUUUUCCAGCUUGCCUCUGAACAGAUCAUGAAGACGGAUAACAGCAACAAACAAGGGGGGGAGGGAAAGAGGAGGAAAAGGCCGCUACCGAUAAGUCAUUUGCUACAACAGGGUUUGUUUAGGAUAUAAAAGCUUGAAUGUAAAAUAAAUAUCUCUGAUCAGCUUUUAUGAUGACCUUAUAGGGGUGUAGGACUCAGUAUGUUUAGGGUGGGGUUGGUCAUGAACUCAAAACGAGACAAAUGAUUAAAAAGUGAAAAGAAAAAAAUGUAUUUUGAGGGAAGCCCAGACUUCAAAGGAGAGAGUAAAAUUCACGCAUGAUAAUUUUAAAAAUUAUUUUUGCAUAUAUUUACCAUUUUAUUGUGUAUCUAUAGAUGACCAUAUAGGAGAAAAAUUGACAUUUGUAAUAGUGGCAUUUGUUAAAAACUUUUUACAUAACAUUACUGUUUAAAUCGUAGAAACAAUUUGGGGGGUUCCCCCCUCAGGAUUCAUUUAAAGAGGAGGAAAAUACUUGGAUUUUGUCAGCAUAACAUCAAACAAACAUGAUUUAUGUAGCUCAGAAUUUUUUUUUUCUUCUCCUUGAACAUUGAAUUAGUAGCACAUUGAUGGGUCUGCACAAGUUACUUCUCGGGAGGGCGGGUAAGGGAGACGUCGUGGGGGCAAAGAUUUGUUUUUAUAAAAGGGGUAUACUGACGACACAUGAUGUCGACUCUGGUCUCAUAUUCCUUGCUGGGAAGAAAAAGAAAUGCGUUCACCUUGUCUGACGCGGCAGUGGGAUAUUCCAGGUACCAUCCGAAGCCGCUCGAUUUCGAAGGAAAGUAAGCUAAGUGGGAGGAGAGGUGGCCAUGGCUUUCUCCCGUUUUGCUGCAUUAAACAAGAGUUGAUUAGUUAAUGUCUGCAUUUCAGGAACUCUUCUAAAUCCUUUGCCUUUCUUUUGAUUUUGUGCCUUUUUAAUUCCCUCCCUGUUUCUGCCUCCUUCCUCUCUUCAUUUUCAUCAUUUUUUUUUUAAAAAAAGGUCCCUCUGGAGGAAAAAUAUUUACAAAAAAAAAAAAGAAAAAAGCUGUUGAAUUUAUUUUUUUUAACUCGAGUGUUCUCUCAUUUCCCUUUCAGGUAUUUUUUUUUUAAUUUGCCCGUUAAGGAUUCAAACAAAUCUUCAAUAAUGGAAAUAAAUUUGUAUUGCUGUCUAAUGAUCUGACAUUUUCUCAAAGCCUGUGUGUUUCACUGAAUUGUUGAUCUUCCUCCGCCCCGCAAACCACCUCCCCCCCCCCCCAAGAAUCCAUAAAUGUUUGGAUAUUUCCUAGUUUAGCCAUGCCAUAAAGACACUAAAGUUCAUGCUAUGAAUGCAAAUGGGAAUGUAUAGAGUUGUAGUCACUUGCAUUGUUUUGCAAAAAAAAAAAAAAGGAAAAAAAGAUUUGGAGCACUUUAAUAAUUAGAAUGUAAAGUGACAUUUACUGUAACAUUUUUCUCUGAAGAGGAAAGUGUGUGUGUGUGUAUGCUGAGUAUGUAAGUUUCAAUUCAGUGUAUUUGGGUAUGGAGAACGACGACGAGGACCCUUUUAUCAAGGAAUAAUAGCUUUUAGAUGUUUCUUUUAUCUACUGCAGACCAACUUGACCUUUAAUAAGCACUGAUCAGUGCAGAAGCUUUUUAAAUAAAAUAAUGCAACUCGACCAAAACUGUCAUGACUGAAAACUUCUAUAUAUCUAUAUAUAUCUAUAUAUAUAUCUAUAUUAAAAAACAACACUCAACAUGGUAUAAAAAGCAUUUUUUAUUUUUUAAAAAAAACUGAAUUGGGAGAGUCGGGGAAUAAAACAUUUCCACCUUAAUGCCCAAGAACACUAAGCUUAAAAAAUAAACCGGGAAUGUUGACGUGUUUUGAUCCACAUUUUCUUGAAAUCCUUUUUUUUUUAAAAAAUUAAAUGGAUUUUGUUUCUCAGCAUUAGGACAUGAAUGUCAAAUUAGGUAACGUAUAAAAUAUUUGUGUUAAUUUUUUUUGGUAGAUGCGUAGACCUACCUUCAUUGCUUUUGGAAAGAGAUUCUAAAUUAAUCCUAGGAAGAUCUGAGUCCAGUAGCACCUUAAAAAUGAACAAGAUUUCCAGGCUAUACGCUUUUUAAUGAACAGCAUUUCCAGGCUAUAAGUUUUUUAAUGAACAGCAUUUCCAGGCCAUAAGCUUUUGAGAGUCAAAACUCCCUUCAUCAGAUACAAUGACUUUAUCUGACAAAGGGAGCUUUGAAUCUCCAAAGCUUAUAGCUUGGAAAUCUUGUUCGUCUUUAAGGUGCUACUAGAACUUGAAUUGUGCUCUUUUGCAGACCCACACAGCUGUCUUGCCCACCUGAAAUUAAUGCCUGUUUUAGCUGCUGUUAACAAAACUGUUACAGAUGGGUAACAUGUCAAACCAUAUUACACUUUAAUCACACUGAUUUUUUUUUUUGAGAAUCUCCCUCUUUGCUGGAAACAAAUGUUCUGUCAGAAUGCAGAGACGGCUGUUUCACUAAAGCAUGUUGAUUAUUUUAAUGUGGUGGUAGCGGGAAGAUAAUCUUGAUUCCAUUGGGAAUCUUAGGUUUGCCUCAAUUUAUGGUUUUCAUAAAUUUUAAUGGAAAAAUAGCUUUCCAGGACUGCUCAAGUUUCAUUUUAGUAAACAAUAUCUUUCUAAUGAGAAGAAAAAAAAGCAUGAAGGAUGAAUUGAGGUAUUUACAUUGCCUCAAACUGACCAGCAUUGUAUUAAUAAAAACACUGUAUAUCUUGCAAAUCUUUAUUUAAACCGAACAGUUGAACUGUUCGUUUUUUUUCAAUCUGAAGUAAAACAAAGAAACAAAACUUUCAAGACCUUUUGAGUUUUGCCUGCUCAUUUUAUCUUGUACAUUUCAUCUCUGUAUUUGACUUAAGUCUAAUUCCUUUUUUGAGUUUCAAUACUCUUUUGUGGAAAAUUUUGUGAAAUAUAUAUAUAAAAAAAUAAAUGUUUCAACACAAGAA